AUGAGUACCAAUGCCGACGAAAAAAUUAUAGAAAUGGUUCGUUCUCAUAUAGAAUUAUACGACUUUUCACACCCAAAAUAUAUGGAUACUGCUCAUAAAGACAAAAUUUGGAAUUCUAUUGGAAAUGAAAUAAAUCUAACAGGAAAAAUAUGCAAAACUCGCUGGAAUAGCAUUAGGGAUAACUAUCGAAAAUCUAUUAAAAAAACAACAAGUGGUCAAGCAUUUAAAAAAAUUAAAAAAUAUAAAUAUGAUGAUCAGCUUCAGUUUUUAAAGCCUCAUUUACAAGAGAGGGAUACUUUAGGAAAUUUAAAAGAUGUGAAUAACGAUGAUUUAGAGAAUUCUAGUAAUGACAGUGAGGACGAUGUGGAAAAUGUUAGCACAGUCCAAAAUAUUGAGAUUAAUAUUAGUGGCAAUACAGAUGGUGAAGAUCAAUUACCAAAAACUCCAGAAUAUCAAUCUGCAGUUCGCAAAUGUACAAAAAAACGUACAACUAAAACUCCGGAAUCGGCUUCGAGUACUUUAAUGAAGUAUAUAAUGCAAAAAAGAGAAAAUGAUAUAGCUAAUACUACACAAACCCAUUCUGUUGAUGCUUUUUUAGCAGGCCUUUCACCCACACUCAAAUCAUUUACGCCAUACUAUUUAAACAUAGUGAAAUCAAAAAUUUUUUCUAUAGUUCAAGAAUAUGAAAUGCAAAUGAUUGUAGACCAAGAAAAGAAAAAAACAACUUUUAUGACACCAUAUCCCACACAAUUGCUACCACCUCAGCAACAGUUUAGUCGAGAGUUUAAUCAAAACUUUCCAUCAAGUUCUGCACAACAUCUUAACCACAAUACGUAUCCUAGUACUCAAUUACAGAAAGAGAUGCCAUCACCAAGUGUAUCAAACUAUUCUUCUUCACCACCUUCUCCACAAGUCAGUCACGUUGCUUCAAUUAGUAGUACGAAAAAUACUAUAGAAACACCACAUGAUAUUAGCUCACCAACUACAUCUGAUUAUUCAUCCACACCAUCUCCACAGUUCGUUCAUCAAUUUGUGUCAAAUAAUUCACAAAACUCUACUAAUGUACCUGUGCUAAACGAUACUUUAACACCAACUUCAACUCUGUAUUCAUCUCCACCACCAUCUCCAUUUCUCAACAAAAAUAUUGGUUCAUAUAUGAGUAUUACUCAAGAUAUGUUAAUACCAACUUUGUCAUCUUCACGUCCACAGUUUGAUCGAAAUAUUUCAAAUCAAACCAGUAUACAACCGCAGCAAGAAAUAUACUCAAAUUUACAUGCAAAUGUGUGUGUACCACAGUCAAAUAAUAAAUUUAAACAUCCAAAAACAAAACUAUACAAAAAUCCAGAAGAAAAUGAGUCAGCUGCUAAAUAUUUUACACAUUUUUCAAAUAAAGAUAAUAUUAUACAAUAAUAUCACAUAAUAUAAAAUUACCUACCUUUUAAAUAUGAUGUUUGUUGAAUU